AUGUAUUUAUUUCCUAGUAAUAAUCCUUUUAAAUAAAAUAUUAUUUUAUUUUAUGUAGCUGAAAAACUUGUAUUAACAGAGUUAACUGGUGUGUAUACAAGCUAAUAAAUUUAAUGGAAUGCAAAUACUGUUUUUUUAUGUGGUGCAACAGAUUUUACUGAAUUUGCUAAUAGCACUGCAUUAGGAUGGCUAGGAACAGCAAGUAAUAGUACCUAAAGAACUUUUACUAAUUUACCUCCCCAUUGGAGUAUAUCAAUAAGAUUCGAACUCAUUCUUUAUCAAUCUUUAGAUCCCGACGAUUCUAUUUAAGUUACUUUAAAUGGGUAAACUGAUUCAUAUAGAAAAGAUAAGUAUUGGCUUGGAUAUUAUUUUUGCUAUCCAAAUAAUUAUUAUUAUGAUGAAAUUGUUCUUUACUAUAAAAAUAUAACAACUCACACUAGUUCUUCUCUAACUGUUCUCGUUUGGGGAAUUACAAAUGAGUCAAUAUACAAUGAAGGUUUUGGACUCAAGAAUUUUUACUUAUCAGUAGAUACUUGUCAUGAUUCUUGUCUAAGUUGUAAAGGACCAGGAGCAGAUCAAUGUCUAACAUGUCCACCUAAUUCUACUUAAGAUGGAAAUACGUGUACAUGUAAAAGCGGCACUUAUUCUUAAAAUAACUAAUGUGUAAGCAUUUGCCCUGACGGAUAUAUUUAAGACUCAACUGGAACUCUUUGCAUUCAGAGUCUUUGUUACAGUCUUGUAUGCUAAACUUGCUAAAAAGGCAUGUGUAUUCUUUGCCAAUCUGGUUAUUAUUAAUUGAAUGGAUAAUGUGUCUAAAGUUGUCCAUCAUAUACUACUGUUAGUGGAUAAAAAUGUGUUGACAUAAUUAAUUAGACAAGCCAUGGUUAGUAUUUAUUUAAAGCUUUGUUUAGUACAUAUUUUGGAGAAGGUGAAAUUUCAGGAACAGGAUUAUCAUUUUUAGGAUUUCAGGGUUAUUUAACUAAUCCAAGUAGAGCUAUGACAACUAUUUGUGCUGGAAAAAGCCUUUUAGGUGGAGCUUAUUUGAGUUCUAUUAAUUCUUCAAUAAAUAAAUCAUUUAAUAGACUCGCUCCUCAUUGGAGUGUAUUGGUAGGUUACACACUAUACAAAAUUGAUAAUUGGAACAACGAAUCUGUUUAAAUGAUAAUAGAUGGUGAUAUAAAAGUCACUACUACUCGUAACACAACUACAAGUAAUGGAUUAAGUAAUAUUUGUGGUAGGGUUUCUUUCAACGACGAAAUUAUAUAUGUUUCUCAAAAUUUUACGCAUUCAAGCUAAAAUCUUAAUUUAAAAAUAAAUUCUACAUUAUCUUAAACAGCCUUUGAAUAAUCUUAUGGCAUCAGAGAAUUAUUUAUUUUAGUUGAUUAUUGUCCUCCUAAUUGCGGUGCUUGUAAUGCCAAUGGUUGCACAAAAUGUUCAGAUGAUUUAUUUGUAUACAAUUUCUAGUGCGUAACUGAAUGUCCUAGUAAUUAUGCCCCUGAUACAAGUAAUAUAUGUUAACCUUGUGAUGCAUCAUGUCUCACGUGCUCACUUCCAUAGAGUACUACUUCUUGUCAAACUUGCAAACCUAACACAUAUCUUAAUCCAGAUAAUUCAUGUUAAAAUACAUGUGUAGACAAUUAUUGGCCUGAUAGUACCAAAUAAAUUUGUUAGACUUGCAGUCCUACUUGCUAUAAUUGUAAAAGUCCAGGAGAUUCAAAAUCUUGCUUAAGUUGUAGUGGAGAUUUAUAUUUGAAUAAUAAUUAAUGCCUUUCUACUUGUCCUCCUGGAUAGUACCCUUUUAAAUAAACCAACAAUAAUAUUUGUCAAUCAUGUGAUAAAAAUUGCAAAACUUGCAACGGAUAAAAUAGCAACAACUGUUUAAGCUGUUAAGCUCCUUUAUUUUAUUAAGCUAGCUCAUCAACUUGUGAGUCUAGUUGUAAUGCUAAUUAAUAUAAGAAUGAUACUAACUAGUCUUGUUCUCCUUGUCCUUCUAAUUGUGCUACUUGCUCAGGACCCAACAAUAAUAAUUGUUUAUCAUGUUCUGGAAAUUUAUUUUUUUAUUAAAACUAAUGUAUUCCUAACUGUCCUGAUGGUUUCUUUAACGAUAAUACUAAUAAUACAUGCUCUCCAUGUGAUAGUACUUGUUUUACUUGUAAUGGCAGUAAGUAAAAUAAUUGUCUCUCCUGCUAAAAUAAAAGAUAUUUUAAUCCUCUUUCUAACUAAUGUGUUUACACUUGUAAUUCAAAUUAAUAUCCAGAUCAAACUUCUAAUUAAUGUAAAUCUUGUGAUACUUCAUGUUUGACAUGCAAUGGCCCCACAUCGUAAUUUUGCACCAGUUGCAUAAAUGGUCUUUUCUUAGAAAAUAAUUAAUGUGUUUAAAAAUGCAGUCAAAAUUAUUAUGUUUAACCUAAUACUAAUAUUUGUUAGUAAUGCCAUAAUUCAUGCUUAACAUGUAGUGGUCCUUCCUCUAAAGAAUGUACUUCAUGUGUAUCCAGUUUAAUAUUCAUCAACUCUUAGUGCUACUCAGAAUGUCCUAAUGGAUAUUAUACUUUAUAAGGUUAAUAAAAGAAAGAAUGUAUAUUAUGUAAUUACAAAUGUAAUUUAGGAUGCAGUGGAGAACUAGCUGAAGAUUGUGACUCUAUUAAAUACUAAUAUUAAAUUAUAUUUUACAUUUUGGCUGGAAAAUGCUUUAUUUGGCUUAUUUCUUCUAUUUCAGGAUUUAUUUUGGAUAAAAAGUAGUCUAAAGUAUAAGUUGAACCUCCUAGGACUUCUGUUUUUGUAGGCGAUAAAUAGGAUAUAUAAAUUAAUAAUUUUAACUCUCCUUAAGUUGAGAAUGAUAUUUAAAAUCUAUAACAAAAUGGUAUAGAAGAGAAAUUAUCAAGUAAAUCUAAGCCAGAAUCUGCCUCUUCAUAAAAUUAAUAAGAUAUUAUUAAUGUAGAAAAGCAAGCACAUUAAGUUUAAAUUAAACUUGAUUCAGAUAAAUUAAAAAAUAUAGGCAAUAGGAGGCCAAGACAAAAAUUUCACAAGGACCCUUUUUAUGAUAAGUAGAUAUAAUAAUUUGAGUUUUAAUUGCCAUCAAGUGCCUUUACUGUGAAUGGUGGCUAAAAUGUUAAGGGUUAAAAUGAAUAAGCACAAAGUAUAUCUACUAUUCCAAAUAUAUAAAAAUCAGGCUGUUAAAUUUAGGAAAAUUAAGAAAUAAAACCUUAUGUUUAAAAAUAUAAAACUGCUUAGCUAUUAAAAUUUGCUUUAUUAGGUAAUGAGUGGGUUUCUCUAUUCUACUUUUACGAUUCAAAUUUAAAUAGAUUUACAAGGGCAACUUUAAUAUUAGUGAAGUACUUAGCUUUUUUUUUAUCGGCAGAGCUUUUAUGCUAAAAAGCAAUAUAUUUGAUAGCAAUUUCCUUCAUCUUUGGAUGGACUAUGAAGUAGUUUUUUACCUUAUUUCAUCGCUCGAUAACUAAAAUGUCAUCAAAAUGUGUAUAAUUAGCUACUUUUUUUUUGAUCACUUUAAUAGCAGCACAUAUUACUUUAUGGUUUAUUCCUCAACUAAAAAGCCUUUAAAUGUUAAAAGAUAUCAGAUGGAGCUUACUUUAUGUGAUUGUUUUUGUAGCUGAUUUGAUUAUAUUUUAACAGAUAUUUAGUUUAUUCUAAUUAAUUUUGACAGUAAAAUAUUUAAAUUAGUAAUUUAAUAAAGUGAAGAUAUCAAAAAUUUAAUUUUUGCUGGCAAACAAAUAUUUUAUAUAAAAAAUCUCCUAAAUUAGAGAUUGA